AUGGAGAAUAUCUGUGAGGCUGUCAACAGCAUCCCAGCAAAACGACGGGCUCUGGUAUCUCCUCAGGAUGCCCCUGCACCCAAGCAAGCACUUACCAGUGCCAGUAGCAAGGGUGAGGAGGAAGCUGAUGAUGAUGACGAUGCACCAGAACUUGAGGAUGCUAUUGAUGACAAGGAAGACACCGCUGCUGAGGAAGCUUACCAGAGAAUGAAGAAGCAUGGGGACCAGGAUCGAGAUAACUGCAAGUCCCUGAAGAAAGAUGAGCAAAGUGCAGACUUAACUAUCAUUUUCAUUCCUGAGAAGGGUCGCAUCAACCCCCACACACAGGAGAAUGAAGAUGGGUGGUGGUGUGAGCCUGGUGAUCCUUUCCUUUCCAUUACAGCUCACUACAUAGGCUCCCUGAUUGAAACACCUCAAGAGUGGGAGCUCAGGAUGGAGCAGCUUGCUUUCACACCAAUUAAUGGUAAUCACAGUGGCGCAAAUAUCAGAAGAAUUUUGAUUGAAACUAUCGACAAGCAUAUGAAGGUUGGUUGGUUUACAGCUGAUAACACCACCAACAAUGACACCGCUAUUGCAACUGUUGCUGCUGAUAUUGACCCUUCUGGUGAGAAGUGGAGUGCAGUUGAACAUCAAGUACACUGUAUGGAGCAUGCGCUCCACUUAGCAGCAAAACAUUUUAUUGAAGAAGUCACUCCUACACCAGUGAGCACUCUACACAAGAAGGCAGCUGAAGAUUCAGAUGAUGAAGAUGAAGAGUUUGAUGUUGCUGACACCAUUGGAAAAGCACUUGCUCUUGUCAUGCAGCUUGCUGAUGAUAGUGACGAAGUUCCAAAGCUGCAGGGUGGCAAGUUGUAUAUGGGAUUCCAGCUUUCACCACAAGAGUGGAAGGACUUGGAGUUGAUGUAUGAUGUUCUCCAGGAACCUGCAGAUGCCCAGCAAACAUUCUUGGUGACUCACAAACCUACCGUUUGGCGCACAAUCCCAGUGCUUGAAUUUCUUCAAGAGAUGUGGCAAACCAUGGCCAACUCUUCAAAAUUCAGCAGCGUCUCAAUGGCCAUUGAGGCUGGGGUCAAUAAUCUUCAGAAGUGGUAUCAUAAGACUGAUGACACUAGCAUAUACUUCAUCUGCCUUGCAUUGGACCCAAACUAUAAGGUUGCAUACACAAAGGUUAAAUGGGACCCUGAUCACUUUGAUGAGGGCAUGAUGUGCUUCAAUAAAGUUUGCCUCCUUCACUCAGUCACCAAGGCUCUUAUGGACACAAUUGGAUGUGCAACUCCAUCAAACACAUCAUGGAUGAUACAGCAACACGGCUCAGAUGGCCUCACCAGGAGCUUGAGGAUUAUCUGGCCGCACCUCUUGAAGAUGUUGACAACAUGGUGGCAUGGUGGGGGCACCAUUCCAUUCAAUACCCUACUAUCUCCCACAUUGCCAAAGAUUACCUUGCUAUCCAAGGAUCUGCAUCAGGGAACCGGCAGGAACAUGGUUUUUAUAGAUAUAAAUGGCAAAAUCAGAUCAAAUAUAUACUAG